AUGGCGACUGGUACUGCUACCCAAUCGCUAAAGUGUGUGGUGACGGGUGAUGGUGCCGUUGGCAAGACAUGUCUCCUCAUAUCGUACACGACCAAUGCCUUUCCCGGUGAAUACAUACCUACGGUAUUUGACAAUUACACGGCCAGUGUUAUGGUAGACGGCAGACCGAUUAGCCUAGGACUAUGGGAUACUGCUGGACAGGAAGAUUACGACCGACUUCGCCCGUUGUCCUACCCGCAAACUGACGUUUUCCUCAUUUGUUUCUCAAUCGUCAGCCCUGCGUCUUUCGAUAACGUCAAGUCUAAGUGGUUCCCGGAGAUUGAGCACCACGCUCCCAACGUCCCCAUCAUCCUUGUUGGCACCAAACUUGAUUUGCGGGACGACCCGGCCCAGAUUGAGGGUCUUCGCAUGAGGAAGCAGGAGCCUGUUUCGUACGAGCAGGCUCUAGCAGUGGCAAAGGAGAUUCGGGCGCACAAGUACCUAGAGUGCUCUGCCCUGACACAACGCAAUUUGAAGAGCGUAUUUGACGAGGCCAUUCGGGCUGUUUUGAACCCCCGGCCUGCUACGAAGCAACGGAACAAGAAGUGUACGAUUCUAUGA